AUGUCGAACCUUGCCAAGCUCGAUUUUGUGGCCCUUGACAUUAUUGGGACAAACUAUUUGUCUUGGUUGUUAGAUGUUGAAAUGCAUCUAGAUGCGAAUGAUCUUGGUGAUGCAAUCAAAGAAGGAAAUGCUACAUCAAACCAAGUUAAAGCUAAAGUGAUGAUCUUUCUUCGUCAUCAUCUUCAUGAAGGAUUGAAAACUGAAUAUCGUACCAUAAAAGAUCCACUUGAUUUUUGGAAAAAUCUGAGAGAGAGAUUUGACCAUCAGAAAACUGUCAUUUUGCCAAAAACUCGUUAUGAAUGGCUGCACUUGCGCUUACAAGACUUUAAAAGUGUAAGCGAGUAUAACUCUGCCUUGUUUAGGAUCACUUCUAAAUUAAAAUUGUGUGGAGAAAAUGUAAGUGAUGCAGAUCUACUAGAGAAAACAUUCUCUACUUUUCAUGCAUCAAAUGUGGUCCUACAGCAACAAUAUCGGGAACGAGGGUUUAAGAAAUACUUUGAUUUGAUCUUCUACCUUCUCGUGGCUGAACAGAAUAACGAGCUUCUCAUGAAAAAUCAUGAGUCCCGGCCUACUGGUAGUGCUCCAUUCCCUGAAGUGAGUGCAGCAGCACACAAUCAAGUUUUUUGUGGUUAA